AUGUCUCCUCCCGUCACCUCUGAUCCCGUCUCGACGCCCCCGCGUCCCCCGACUCCCGUCCACGCCUUCGGUACACUCGCCGUGCAUGCCGGCUCGCCCCACGAUCCUUCUACUGGCGCAGUCAUUGAGCCCAUUUCACUGUCCACGACAUUUGCCCAAACGGCUGUCGGUAAGCCUGUCGGCGAGUACGAAUAUUCACGGUCUUCAAACCCCAAUCGGACCAACUUUGAGACGGCUGUCGCUGCUCUCGAGCACGCUCGUUACGCACUGGCCUUUUCUUCGGGCAGCGCAACCACUGCCACUAUCCUCCAGAGCCUGGCUGCCGGCAGUCAUGUCAUCUCAGUCUCUGACGUUUACGGUGGCACCCACCGCUACUUUACUCAGGUGGCCAAAGCACACGGUGUAAAGGUAACCUUUACGCCCGAGAUUGAAGUUGACAUCAGUGAGCACAUCAACGAUCAGACUCGUCUUGUGUGGAUCGAGAGCCCUUCCAACCCUACCCUCCGUCUGGUGGACAUUCGCGCCGUCGUCACCGAGGCGCACAAGCACGGCAUCCUCGUCGUUGUUGACAACACCUUCUUGUCUCCCUAUGUUCAGAACCCCCUUGACCUCGGUGCCGAUAUCGUUGUCCACAGUGUUACCAAGUACAUCAAUGGCCACAGCGAUGUAGUCAUGGGCGUUGCCGCUUUCAACAGCGACGAACUCAAGCAGCGACUGUCUUUUCUCCAAAACGCCAUUGGCGCCGUCCCCUCAGCAUUCGACUCAUGGCUCGCUCACCGUGGUCUCAAGACCCUUCACUUGCGUGCUCGUGAAGCCACCCGCAAUGCCACUGCCGUCGGCCACGCCCUCGAAGCCUCUCCCCACGUCAUCUCCGUCAACUACCCCGGCUUGGACUCUCACCCUCACCGGGCCAUUGCUGUUAAGCAGCACCGUGACGGCAUGGGCGGCGGUAUGCUGUCGUUCCGCAUCCGUGGCGGCCACGCUGCCGCCGAACGCUUCUGCCAGGUCACCAAGAUAUUCACCCUCGCCGAGUCGUUGGGAGGCGUCGAGUCCCUCGUUGAGCUACCCAGCAGCAUGACGCACGCCGGUAUCCCCCGUGAUCAGCGAGAGGCCGUGGGUGUCUUUGAUGAUCUUGUCCGUUUGAGCUGCGGCGUCGAAGAUGCCGAGGAUCUCAAAAACGAUGUUCUCCAAGCCCUUGAGCGAGCCGUCAAGGACUCUGCCAAGAAUGGCAUCUCCAAUGGUGUCAAUGGGCAAUAA